AGACCGUGUCCAUGAGCAGCAAAAGAGUGACUGUAGAGUAUUUCCCUCGAAUUGAUUGCCGCUACUGCAGCUGCGGUACUUCAACACUCCUACGGCUCCAUAAAUAAAUGGGACUCGUCACCUAUACUUUAUUUGUAAUCUUUCUUGGGUUAGCAAAGGCACAAUCACCUUCUACGCUGCAGUUUGUGGAGUUUUGGUUCCGACAUGGUGAACGAUUGCCCACCGACUACGUCUACUUUCCCAAAGAUCCUCCACCGCUAGUUCCGUACACGGAAGCAGAAGCUGGUGAACUCACCAACAGAGGAGUGAAAAUGACUUUUAUGAGAGGAGAAUUCAUUCGAAAAAAUUAUGGAGACUUUUUAGGCACCGCUUAUAAACCAUCUCAGAUACGAGUUUGGACCGGUAAUGAUAAUCGUACUGUGGCCUCUGCUGAAGCGGUCCUAGCUGGAAUUUACAAACCGGACAAAGAACGCCAGUGGUCGGAUACACUGGACUGGCAACCUGUCGCUGUGCAUACCGAUGAGACUAUAGACUGGGUAGGUACUGGGGUGCAUGGUGUAUGUCCACUAUAUUGGGAUACAUUCUUCGCUUCGUCUGGCUACCAGAACCUGAUGGCUCCGUUUGAUCCUUCUCUGAUCCAGUUUCUGCAGAAUCACACUGGGGUGGCUAUACAGUCACCAAUUGAAUUUAACCAUGUGCUGGAUACACUAUACACUAAGAUAACGCUAAACGACACUCGGCUUCCGUACCCGCGUUGGGCGGAAUCUAUCCGUACAUCCAUACCGCUAUUUCGUAACGAGUUCCAUAGAAGACUAAUAGAUGCUCAGAAUGACACGGUUGGAAGAUAUCAUGCUGAGCUUCUGCUUUCCUACAUAGAGGAUCACCUCAAUCGUUCUAGCGAAAAGAAGAACAAAGCUGUGUAUAUCUCAGGGCACGACACAAACUUAAUGUCUUUGGGACGACUUCUAAACAUCACUUCCUUAGCCAACUAUUUGCCACCGUAUGCUGCUCUUCUGGUCGUUGAGCUGCACCAAAGAAAUGGAACGUAUUAUGUUCAAAUGCGUGUGUCUCUAACACUGCAAGAUCAGCUCCAGUUGGUAGAGAUCCCACAAUGCAAAAAUCCUUGUCAAUUGGAGAAGCUUCAAAGUCUUUUGAAGAAUAGCAGGGUAAGCAGAGCCGAUUGGGAUCUGAUCUGCCGUGGUUAUGGCAUUCAAAAAAGCCAAUACCCGAUCCUAGCUGCCUCAAUUCUCAUCUUACUGGCUAUCUUCAUUAUCUCAACCGUGGUUCUUCUGUGCACAACGUUGUCAUAUAAGAGACAAAUCAAAGAGCUGCGAGAUCCAGAGCGACGUCGUCUGCUAGACGAAGGACAGCAACAAGGAUACACUCGUUGAGAUUUUGUGUGUAUGUAUAUGUGCAAGUUGCUGAAUAAACGCUCGAUU